AUGGACGCCGAGGACACGUCGUCGGCAUCCUCCUCGUCGCUCUCGCCGCCGUCGUCGCCGGGCGUGGGCGGCCGCCACGCGCUGCCGCCGAAGCGGCGGGCGGGGCGGAAGAAGUUCCGGGAGACGCGGCACCCGGUGUACCGCGGCGUGCGGGCGCGCGCGGGGGGAAGCCGCUGGGUGUGCGAGGUGCGGGAGCCGCAGGCGCAGGCGCGCAUCUGGCUCGGCACCUACCCGACGCCCGAGAUGGCCGCCCGCGCCCACGACGUCGCCGCCAUCGCCCUCCGCGGCGCGGGCGCCGCCGAGCUCAACUUCCCGGACUCCCCCUCCGCGUUGCCCCGCGCGCGCACCGCCUCGCCCGAGGACAUCCGCGUCGCCGCCGCGCAGGCCGCCGAGCUCUACCGCCCGCCGACGACGGCGUCUGCGUACGCGCCACCCCCGGCGGCGCUGGCAUUACCGGAUCCACAGGAAGCUGGCGCCGCCACCUCGGGGCGUCCGGCUGCUGUGUUCGUCGACGAGGACGCCAUCUUCGACAUGCCGGGGCUGAUGGACGACAUGGCGAGGGGGAUGCUGCUGACGCCGCCGGCGAUGGGGAGAGGACUAGACUGGGCCGCCGUCGACGACGACCAUUACCACAUGGAAUACAAGCUAUGGACGGACUGACAUACACUAAUAUGUUAAUAUGUGUAUGUCGUUCGAUUAUACUAAUAUCAAGUUCAAUAGUAUAGCCAAAUACUAGCUCCAAUUUAUUUA